UCAUCAGCUUUGCUGUAACCUUUGCCGGCGAUCGUAGGCUACGUAUUUCGCUCCAUGCCAUGGAAAACCCCAUCGGGACGGGGCUGGCAGACCGAUUCCUCUCAAUCAACACAACCACCAACCUGACUGAUAGGAUCCGUCUGCCGCUGCGGAACCGCAAUAAUGUGGAGUACUUCGGAAUCGUAAGCAUGGGCACGCCCAAGCAGAUGUUCAAAGUGAUGCUAGACACGGGAUCCUCGAACACGUGGCUGCCCUCGAGCAACUGUCCGCGCAACAAUUGGGCCUGCCGAAAACACAGGCGCUACAACUCCUCCAGAUCCAGCAGCCAUGUAAAGGACGGGCGCAACUUCACCCUUUUCUAUGGUGUUGGCAGUGUGAUAGGCUACCUCUCCAAGGAUACACUGCACUUUGGCGGAGCUGAGCUUAAAAACCUGACCUUUGGCGAGGCUAUGUUCCAGUAUCAGAAGGUGUUCGACUCGGUGAUCUUUGACGGUAUUGUGGGUCUGGGCCUGGGUCAGAGAGCCUGGGUCAACUCGACGCCUUUCCUGGAUCUGCUUUGUGCUCAGAACCUGGUGGAGGAGUGUGUGUUCUCUGUGUACCUACGUCGUGUGACGGGAUCUUUGCGAGGCGGCGAAAUCAUGAUCGGCGGCACCGAUAAAUCGCGCUAUAGUGGAUCCAUUCACUACGUGCCGCUCACAGAGUACGGAUACUGGAAGUUUGAGAUAUCUAAAGUAUCCGUGGGCUCGGAAAAAAUCGAUUUAGCAGUGGGUGCAAUCCUGGACACUGGUACUUCCAAUAUCCUGAUUCCCGAGAACACCUUCGACAUCCUGCACGAGGCUCUGGGAGCCACGACUGAUUAUGGUAUAACCUUCGUCACCUGCGAACUUGAGCAACUGCCCAAUAUCAAACUGUUGAUCGCAGGCAAAACAUUUCCCAUUACUCCCAUGGAUUAUGUAAAAGAAGUAGUACUUGAAAACAAUCAAAAAGUUUGCGCAACUCGGUUUGCUCCAAUUAAUCUGGACUUCUGGAUACUGGGCGAUGUCUUUCUGGGGCGCUACUAUACGGUCUACGAUGCUACAGAGAAGCGGGUUGGUCUAGCCAGGGCGGUUCCAGAUGUUGCGACAAAAGUGUAGAGUUCAGUGUCCCAGCAACAGUAAAUUAGCGCCAGUGGGUAAUGUUAUACUUAAAUGUAUCCAAGUAUUCGAGCGUUGAUCACUGUCCUUUUUCUAUUCGAAAUAUAUAAGUAUGUUCAAACGUAUACAUGAUUUUUUUUAGGUUUACGAAACUAUCCAAUAAGAUAUACAACCUAUAAUAUAUAGUGUAGUUCCGACACUUU